AUGGCCGACCUAGUUGGUUUUGAGUCGGUCGGUGCGGCGUCUGCCCCCAGUGGGAGACGUCGCUCUAGCAAGGGCAAAGGGGGCAGGAGCGGUGGUGGAGGCGGCGGGGGCGGUGGGAGCGGCGGUGGAGGCAGCGGAGGAGGUGGGGGUGGUAGCGGGAGUGGUGUCGGGAGUGGAGGUGUCAGCGGCGGCAGUGGAGGCGGGGGUGGCAGCGGCGGUGGUGGUGGGGGUGGAGGCGGAGGCGGCGGUGGCGGCAGCGACGGUGGGAGUGGCGGUGGCAGCGGAGGUGGUGGCGGCGGCGGCGGAGGAGGCGGCGGAGGAGGUCGUGGCUCGUCGCAGAGGAGUGGCUCCGGUGGCGGGCAGGAGUAG